AUCCAUAUUGCUGGCUAUACGCUUGAACCUGAUGGUCACUCUGACUGAGCUCUACAGAUCCUGUGUAGAGAUGGGACAAAGUUACAGAAUGACAGCCAGCACUUCAACCAGUGGCGGACUGACAACUCAUGGGGCCCCCGUGCAAUAGGGGAUCAUGGGGCCCCUGUGUCCUUGCCCAAACUCAAAAAAGCCUAUGAAAAAGGUACCAGGGGCAUCUCAUGGGGCCCCCUACUGACCCCGGGCCCUCGGGCAGUGCCCGAGUUUCCAAAUGGUCAGUCUGUCCCUGC